AUGUUUUGUUCCCCCACUCCUUCUCAGCUGGGUAUCAUCCCAGACUGUUGUGUAUCGCCUUCUUGUUCCAGAAUCGGUUGGUUUGGUCCUGCCGAAGGCUUGGGGUCUGCACCCACAAUGGACAAUUUGGCUCCGGCAAUGGUUGUUGGGCGCGGUUGUAUCCACCGUUCAGACUACAUGCGUCCGCAUUCCGGACCAGGUUGA